AUGGUGGUGAUCAGCGAAGAAAGCGACCCUUAUGCAGAAGAAGGAACAGAAACAGAAAUAGAAAGUGUGGACUAUGAGGAGCUGAAGAAACGCAUGUGGAAGGACAAGAUCCUUCUACAAAAAUUCAAGGAAAAAGAAGACAACAACACUGAGCCUGAGCAACAAGCGAAACAAGAGGCAUCUAGAAGGAAAAAGAUGGCAAGAGCACAAGACUCAGUUCUCAAGUACAUGGCAAAAAUCAUGGAUGUUUGCAAAGCUAAAGGUUUCGUCUACGGAAUCAUCCCAGAAAAAGGUAAACCAGUAUCAGGUUCCUCGGAUAGUUUACGCGAAUGGUGGAAAGAUCAAAUCCGUUUUGAUCAAAGCGCGCCUCUCGCGGUCGCGAAAUACUUACCACUUCUUGGAAAAGCCGAACAGUUUAAUACUAUGAUGGAUGAUUCGAACACUUACAUACACCUCCUUCAAGAUUUACAAGAUUCAACUCUUGGGUCGGAAAUUUGGUGGGGCGAACAAGGUUUAUUGGCUCAGGAACAAGGUCCGCCACCUUAUAAAAAGCCGCAUGAUCUUAAAAAAGCAUGGAAAGUUUCUGUUUUAGCUGGUGUUAUAAAACAUAUGUCACCUGAUUUGGAGAAACUAAGGAGGUUGGUUACUCAGUCUAAGACAUUGCAAGAUAAGAUGACAGCAAGAGAUAGUGCUACUUGGUGUAAGGUUAUGAACCAAGAAGAAGCUUUGCUUGGUGUGACUAAUAAGUGUUUUAAAAUGUCGAUUUCGGAGGAAGGUGAAAGCUCGGGUGGUAGUAGUAGCAGUAGCAGAAGUGAGAAAAGGAAGUGUGUGUUUGAUGUUGGUGGCGAUGAUGCGGAGUUUCCACAGAAUAAAUUACCACUGAGUUUUGCAAACUUGCUUGAUUGUGAAGCAAGAAUUGAAAAUAAUGAUGAAUGGUUGAAGAUGGGAGAUACUGAAGGUGGCAGAUUUGGAUGGGAUGUAGAACAUUGGUUGAAUGAGGUGGAUGAUCAUGAAUUGGAAGCUGCACUUCAAAUGGUGAAAGGUAAUCACAACAUGGAUUUUAUUCCUCAAAAUCCAGCACAUAAUUUACAUGGCCAAGAGGAAGGAGAAAACUCUAUUUGGGACUUUAAAUAUCAAUACCAUCCAGAAUAA